CCCUCCUCCAGGCAGGGCUGGCGGGGCUCCUGGCGUCACAGUUGGGGCUCAACGCUGUGGCCAGAGGCUGCCCUGGGUGCUGCGGUCCCCAUGGAGGCCACGGCCGCUUCCUCUGGGGCCCCCUCGGCCUGCCGCUUCUUCCUGGAGGGCCGCUGUCGCUUCGGCUCCCGCUGCCGCCAGCUCCAUCCCGGGGCCCCAGAGCCAAGCCCCGAGGUCGCGCGGCCGCAGGCUGGGGCCAAGAAGCCGGCGCUGCGCACCGCGGCCGACGUCAUCCGGCGCAUCCGCUGGGACCCGCGCCUGGACCCCGCGGACUUCUCGGUGGGCUACACCGACCGCUUCCUGGGCGUGCAGGAGGAGCCCUUCUGCGCCUUCUGCUGGGAUGCGCCCCUGGCAGCGCUCGGGCCCGGCGUGCUGGCGGUGCCGCAGCACCGCAUCCGCUACUUCCGCUUCCGCGGCCGCCUGGUGUGGGACCGCGACUCUCGAACUGACCUCGUUUUUGGCUCCGGCUCCGUGGCUGGACGGGGACCCACCAUCCUCGACGCGCUGGACGGCGGCGGGGGCGAGUACUGGCCAGAGGCUGCGCUGCAAAUCCCUGACGCCGAGAAGACGGGGGCGGCUGCCGAGGGUCAGGACGCCCAGGAUGCCUCUAGGGAAGGGGGUGGGAACCCGGCGAGAACCGGGCUUGAUUCGGGCCUGGAGGCACCGGGAGAGGGUGGGGCAACCAAAGAGGACAGAACCGGGCUAGAUUCGGGCCUGCAGACGCCGGAAGAGGGUGGGGCAACCGGACACAUCGUCCUGAAUAGCAGCACCGCUGAGUCAAGCGCUCCAGCCACCCUGGUUCCACAGUGGCAGGCGCAGGCCAUGGAAGCUCCAGGACUUUCUGCUCAAGAGGUGGAAACUGAGUGGGAUCCGGGGGUUUGGCCCGAUGAAAGGUCCCCUCGCCAGCCCCGCCCCACACAUUUUGUGGCACUGAUGGUGACAGAUCCUGGGCUUAGGGGAGAAGUGGCCAAGGCCCAAGAGCAUCUGGUCCGGACUGCCCCGUCCUGUGCUGCCUCCCUGGUGCCUGCACAGGCCUUGCACCUGACAAUGGCCUUGCUGCGGCUGGCAGGCCCUGGGGAGGAGGCUGCGGCGGCUGGAGCUCUGCGGAGGGCCCUCUUGAAGCCAGGGCUUGAGGCACCCUCACAGCUUCAGUUCAAGGACUUGGUUCUUUUGGGCCAUCAUGUGCUGUGUGCCACCCCCUCCCCCACAUUGGCAGGCAUGGCCCAAACUCUGAAUCAGAGGCUGGAGGAUGAAGGGCUGAGGGUGGUGCGGCCCCCGGAGGGGCUACAGCCACACCUCACCCUGGCCAAGGUGCCGCGUGGAUCCCAGGUUCGCAUCCCUGAACCUGGGUUCGUCUUGAACGGGGAGCUAGGCAGGCAGGCCCUAGGGAAACUCUGGCUGUGCCGUGUGGGUAGAGCAGGGCACAACUACCUGCCCCUGGCGGAGAUUCCUCUAAAGUGAUCAAGAAGAAAAACGCCAAAUGGAAACAAGUUCUCUCUCUCUCUCUAAUUUUGGUUUCAAGCUUCCAAAAUGUACUCAAUGGUCAAGGAGAA